AUAUUGGUAAAACAUCUAUAGAUAGGUAUGCUCAGCAUUUGAAAAUCAAUAAAUACAAUUGUCAGGAUUUACCUACGAGUCCGUAACAACGUCUAUUGGAGUUACGGUCAUACCUUUUCUUGGAACAAGUAUUGACGAUUAUUUAAGAAUGGAUUUACCAUUUCCAGUCUUAAGACCUCAUUUCACAUUUCCGGAGUGGUUUAACGCAGAUAAUCCUUGUGAUGAAGACGCAGAAUUAACGAAGCUAGAACAAGCACAUCAGCGCUCGUUGAACUCAUAUACGAAACGUUGUGUAAAACAUGCUCCGGUGCAGAAACCCGAAUCCGAACCAGUAGAGGAAGUGGAGACGGAGUAUGAAGGUGGCAAUGAAGACGCAGAAGAGUCUGAAGACUCACAUGACGUCGAUGAAGAUGAACAAAUAACUACAGCAGAUUCACCCGAGUUUACUAUAGCGGAUCAAGAACAAAUCAUUCAUGAUGAUGACUUUAUACCAGACGUUGAAGUGAUCGAAGGAAAUCUUUGGCCAUACAACAUUCCUGAACAGUAAAAAUUACUGAUUAGUAUUUACCGAUUCCGUCUUCCUAUCAAAAACAUUCGUUUAGCUAAAGUUUAUAUUAUUAUUCAUGUUAUUGUAUUUGUUAGUAGCUGCGAUUAUUAUUAUUAUUAAUAUAGUUUUAUUCUCUUUCCUAAGAUUUCAUAAAUUUCUCCCACGAAAUUUAGCAACGCGAUUUAUUUCUUUUAAUCAAAGUUUCUGUUUGCAGAUAGGCUUCCUUAAAAUUCUUUACAUUUUUUUAUAUAAAACAUUAACCGUAUUUAUUGAUUUAAACAGUAGCUACUGCAGUUUAGUAGCAAUGUCGUAAAUUACUUUGUAUGGAUAUUUUAUUUUUUAUAUUAGAA